ACGCAACUCGCGCGUUUCCGGCCUGAGAAAACGUCGCGUUUCUGGGGAGACGCCUCGACUGGCAGUUACCACCGCGCUAGAAGCUUACCGACCGGCCGCUUCCAUCACCAGGCGUCACCAUGGGGGCUGUGCUGGGCGUCUUCUCCCUCGCCAGCUGGGUUCCGUGCCUUUGCAGUGGUGCGUCAUGUCUGCUGUGUAGCUGCUGCCCCAAUAGUAAGAAUUCCACGGUGACCCGCCUCAUCUACGCCAUCAUUCUCUUCCUGGGCGCUGCUGUGUCCUGUAUCAUGCUGACAGAAGGGAUGGAGUCUCAGCUGAAGAAGAUCCCUGGAUUCUGUGAAGGGGGGUUUAAAAUCAAGGUGGCUGAUAUAAAGGCAGAUCAAGAUUGCGACGUGCUGGUUGGUUAUAAAGCUGUAUAUCGGAUCAACUUUGCCUUGGCCAUCUUUUUCUUUGUCUUCUCUCUGCUCAUGUUAAAAGUAAAAACAAGUAAAGAUCCCAGAGCAGCAGUACACAAUGGGUUUUGGUUCUUCAAAAUUGCUGCCAUUGUUGGUAUCAUGGUUGGCUCUUUCUACAUCCCUGGGGGCCAUUUUGCCACAGCCUGGUUUGUUGUUGGCAUGGUAGGGGCCUUUUUGUUCAUCCUCAUCCAGCUAGUGCUGUUGGUAGACUUUGCUCACUCUUUGAAUGAAUCAUGGGUAAAUCGAAUGGAAGAAGGAAAUCCAAGGUGUUGGUAUGCUGCUUUACUCUCCGUCACAAGCUUCUGUUACAUCCUGUCAGUCGUGUUUGUCGGGUUAUUCUAUACAUACUACACCAAACCGGAUGGCUGCACGGAGAACAAGUUCUUCAUUAGUAUUAAUUUGGUCCUUUGCGUUGUGGUUUCUGUUAUAUCCAUCCACCCAAAAAUUCAGGAACACCAGCCUCGUUCUGGUCUCUUGCAGUCCUCUCUCAUCACCCUGUACACCAUGUACCUCACCUGGUCAGCCAUGUCCAAUGAACCUGAUCGUUCCUGCAACCCUGGCCUGUUCAGCAUUGUUACACACAUGACCGCACCAACUUUGGCUCCUGGAAAUUCAACUGCUGUAGUCCCUACCUCUGGUCCGCCCUCAAAGAGUGGGCAUUUUCUGGAUCUAGAGAAUUUUAUUGGGCUGACAGGCUUUGUUCUCUGCCUUUUGUAUUCUAGCAUCCGCACUUCCAACAAUAGCCAAGUAAGUAAGCUGACCUUGUCAGGAAGUGACAGUGUGAUCCUCCGUGAUACAACCACCAAUGGUGGCAGUGAUGAAGAAGAUGGACAGCCUCGGCGGGCUGUGGACAAUGAGAAAGAAGGAGUGCAGUACAGCUACUUCUUAUUCCACUUCAUGCUCUCCUUGGCUUCCUUGUACAUCAUGAUGACCCUGACCAGUUGGUACAGUCCUGAUGCAAAGUUCCAGAGCAUGACCAGCAAGUGGCCAGCCGUGUGGGUCAAGAUCAGCUCCAGCUGGGUCUGCCUUCUCCUUUAUGUCUGGACCCUUGUGGCUCCACUCGUCCUCACCAAUCGUGACUUCAGCUGAGCCUCUGAGAAUUCAUAAAGGUCUGCUUUGCUGAAAGCCCAUAUCUAUUUUACUUUUGCUUCAACUAAAAUAUUAAGUGAACAGUUUGCAAAUUUGACUAUAUCCAGGUUUGUAUCAGAGGGCAAGAUUGAGUAAUGCUUGAUGCAGGAUCUGAACUUUUCAUUUAUAUGUAUAUUAUGUUUAUUUGUAAGGAUAUAUCGCAAAGGGAACAUUUUGCGUUUUAAAGUGAACCACAGCUGUGCUGUGAAGAGUUCUUUAUUGAGACCUAUAGGAUCCUACAACUUUGAUUUAAAAUAUAAGAAAAAUGUUGGAUAUUUGAGGCCAAUCGUUAAUAUAUUUCUAUUGCAGUAUCCUUAAAAAGCAAAAAACAAACACAAAAACCACCAUUUCUAUGACGGGUUUCCUCUGUGAAGUCUUUACUUGUGUGAUGCAAACACUCUGUUCAGUCCUUAAACCCCUACUAUGUGUAGCAUCAUAGUACUUGGGGAGGAGUGUGUGUGUGGGUCCUUCCCCAGAAGAGCAGGGUGGCUGACGUGACUACUGCUUCUACAGCUUGAGUUUGUUCAAUUCGUGUUUUACACUACAGCAUUGAUGCUGCGCGAUUAUAGCUUUGCCAGAAGUGCUUUCCAUAAGCGCUUUGUAGGUUUGGUUAAAAUGAAGAUUCACUUGGGAAAACAGUGCGACUUUAGGUCAAUGUACUUAUCUUGUUAUAUGAGUAUGUAAAAGUAAAUGCAUGUGAAUUUAUUAUAUUUGCACUAUAAAGUUAUUUGAUUAAAAUGGAGACUUAAGCUUUGAAGGACCCCCCCCCCCUUUUUUUACAGCUUUUAUGAGUUAGCAGCCAUCCUAUAUUUUUUAGACCUAUAUGGGCAGUCGGGUUUACCAAGCAUUGAGCAGAAUGUGCCUGUCCCUUCUAAAACGUAAGGUCUGGCUAGUAAGUAAAGGCUUGAACUCAUCCAAAAAUUGUGCUAAUAAUCUUCCCUGGAUAAGACACUUGCAUAGAUGAGAGACAAGGCAGGCAGGCACCGUCAGGAAACUUCUUCAGGGGAGGUGGCACACAAGGAGGUAGAAUAGAAUGGUCUGUUCUGUACCAGGCUCUGUCAGGUUCGAGGAUACAACUUUACUCGUGACAGACACCAGCUCUGCCAUCUUGGACUUAAAGUUUAGAGGAGGGCGAACAUGAGCUGACAGGUGUACAGCAUGGUGUGAUUAGUGCUGUGAUUGAGGAAUUGUGGAGAACCCAAAGGAGAGGUGCCUGGGGUGACUGGCGGGGGGGGGGGGGGGGGGGGUUGUCCCGGUAGGCUUCCUGGAAGAAGUGGCAUCUAGGCCAGGGAUUGUUAGGAGCUAGCUGAGAGAGAAUUGGGGAAGUGGGCUGGCAUUGCCGAGGGGUAGACAGAACUGCACGUCAAAGGCAGGGAGAUGAAAACCCGUUCGGUAAGGCUGGAAUGGGGAGAAGAGGCAGGGAUUGGGUCACGAAGGGCUUCGCAACCCACACUGAAGAGUUUGAACCUUACACUGAGAGCACCAGGGAGCAUAUUCAUAGUGACGUAAACAAAUGGUCUUCAGUCACUGCGGCUGACACGUAGAGAAGGCAUUUAGAGAUGAGACCGGGGCAGGCCACGUACCAUUUGAAACAGAGGAGUGAAAAUGAGGAUGGGGAGAAAUUGACAGCUGAGCUACUCAGUAAUUAAAAUUUUAAAAUUGGCAAUUGAUUAGAUACAGGGAGAGGCAGAUUCUGGAGUGAUGCUGGUUUCAAUCAUCUGAGUCCGUGGGGUUCCAUUUAUAUGGUGAGAGACAAGAAGAGGAACAAAUUGUACCAGAAGGGUGGAGCUGGUCCCUUAAGAAUGGCUAAGAACAUAGGCUUGGAAGUCAGACUGUUGGGGUUUGUAUCCAGCUUUGCCAUUUCUGUCUGUCAAACUGGGCGGCUAAUAUUUAUUGAGUACAUACUAUGCUUUAUGACCUUGGGCCGGUGACUAUCUGUGUGACUCUGUCUGAGCCUCAGCAUUUUCCUCGUUUGAAUAAAAAAUUGUACCUAGUACAUAAGAUUGUUUAAAAGUGUAAAGUUACUCUGCAAAGCGCUCAGUGCAUUGUAAACACUCCAGUGGUAGCUGCUGGUCUGGCCGUGGGCUAAAAUGAGACUAGACAGCAUUCACAGGUGAGAGGUGUUCAGCCACGGUCUGACGGAGGCCAGAUUUAAGGUGUUCUUACAGAAUUAAACAGGUAGGACACAAAGGGCACCAUCUCAGUUGGGAUGGAGGUUGGGGGAUGGGGUAGGGAAGCAGCACUUGCCAGGAAUUGUUGGAACCACCAUGUUUUAAAAGAGUGCUUUGUAUCAAGGUAUAGAGAUAGAGUAGCAAGGGAGUUGGGGGGCAAAAAGGGGAGGUUUAGCCCUUUGCUUUGCCAGUGUAAAGCAGACACCCCACUUUUCCUUAAUAGCAAGGAUAGCCAGAUUAAGACCUUUAAAGGUCCCAAACGUCAAAAGCAUGACGGUGUAACAUCCCCCACCUUAUGUAAUGCAAAAUAAAGCAAUACUAAAUUGUAAAAUAAGUGUAACAGAGUCCAAUAAAGUUCUUAUUUUUUCUCAUGA